CUAAAUGAGAAUAUGGCCAAUGGCAUUGAAGAUCUUAUCGGGAUCCCAUUCCCGAACCACAGCAGCGAGGUCCUGUGCGGUUUGAACGAGCAGCGGCACGAUGGGCUCCUGUGCGAUGUCAUCCUCAUCGUCCAGGACCAGGAGUACCGCACCCACCGCUCCGUCCUGGCCGCCUGCAGCAAGUACUUCAAAAAACUCUUCACUACCGGCACUUUAACAGACCAGCCCUAUGUUUACGAGAUUGACUUUGUCAAGCCUGAAGCACUUUCUGCCAUCCUCGAGUUCGCCUACACCUCAACCCUCACCAUCACCACCUCAAACGUCAAGCACAUCCUCAGCGCCGCCAAGAUGCUGGAGAUCCAGAGCAUCAUCAACGUAUGCCUUGAAAUCAUGGAGCCCGACAGGGAGGCCGAGGAGGAAGAUGACAAAGAGGACGACGAUGACGACGAAGACGAAGAUGAAGACGAGGAGGAAGAGGAGGAGGAGGAGGAAGUGGAAGAUUUUGUCAAUCAGGAGAACCUAGCUGACGUGCAAGAAGUAAGCUGCCACCAAAGCCCUUCUGAGUCCGAUCUUACCGAAGAAGCUUAUACAGAAGCGCCUAAAGAUUUUCCAAAUCACUUCCCAGCCAGUAACUCCUCUGGACACUUGGGCAUGAUACGAGACUUCUCCAUAGAGUCCUUGCUGAGUGAAAACUUGUACCCUAAGGCAAACAUCCCAGAGAGGAGGCCAGCUCUGUCUCCUUUCGCCCCCAGCUUCUUCCCUCAUCUGUGGAACGGCGACUUCAACUCCUUCUCCCAGCUUGAGGAGCCACAAGUAGACAAUGGCCCGUUGGAUCUGGUGAUCAAAAAGAGGAAGAUCAAGGAAGAGGAGGAGAGGGAAGACGUGCCUCCACCUCCUUUCCCUAAUGACUUCUUCAAGGACAUGUUUGCCAACACCCCAGCAGCUCCCUUAGGGCACAUUAAGGCAGAGACUGACUAUAGCGCUUAUCUCAAUUUCUUAAGCGCUACCCAGUUCGGAGGAGUUUUUCCCCCGUGGCCCCUGGAGGAAGAGAGGAAAAUAAAGCCCAAGGCAUCCCAGCAGUGUCCCAUCUGUAACAAAGUCAUCAUGGGAGCCGGCAAGCUGCCCAGGCACAUGAGGACCCACACGGGGGAGAAGCCCUAUAUGUGCAAUAUCUGUGAAGUUCGCUUUACCAGGCAGGACAAGCUCAAAAUCCACAUGCGGAAGCACACGGGGGAGCGGCCGUACCUCUGCAUCCACUGCAACGCCAAGUUCGUGCACAACUACGACCUGAAGAACCACAUGCGCAUCCACACGGGCAUCCGGCCCUACCAGUGCGAGUUCUGCUACAAGAGCUUCACCCGCUCCGACCACCUGCACCGCCACAUCAAGCGCCAGAGCUGCCGCAUCGCGCGGCCCCGGCGCGGCCGCAAGCCGGCGGCGUGGCGGGCGGCCGGCCUGCUCUUCGCCCCCGGCGGCCCGCCCGUGGAGAACGGCUUCGUGAUGCCGCCCACGCUGGAGGAGAUGAGCUCCCACCUCGGCAGCGCGGCCAUGUGCCUUCCCGGCCCCAGCCCCAAACACUUCCUGGGCGGGGCCAAGGCGCCCUUCAGCCUGCAGGAGCUGGAGAGCCAAAUCGAAGAGACGCAGAUGAAGCUCUUCAGCCGGGCGCAGAUGGACAUGGAGAGGAACGCGGGCAUCUUCGCCUUCGCCCUGGGCCACAACGAAAGCCUCGCUGCCCAGCCCUUCUUCCCUCUCCCUGACCCUUGGAGCACGGGCUUCAGUGGCUUGGCGGGCCUCGGCCACGUGGCUCCCAUCUCGGAGGCCAGCAACUAAACCCGCGCCCGGUCCCACCAUGCGUCUGCUCCCGUCCCAGCAAGGCAGCCCGCUCCCCUGGGGCUCCCUCCUGCCCUUCUGCAUCAUCAGGUUCCCGGGAAGCUCUUCGUCCUCUCCCUGCCGUGGCCUGCCUUGGGGCUUGGGGCAGGGCAGGGGAUGGGCAGGCGCUGUGCCCCGUGGCCACCGGCACUUUAGACUCCGCACUUGGUUUUGGGGCCAUCGGCCGCUCGCUGUCCCAUCUCACCGCUCAUGGCUCCAUCUGGGAAGGGCCGGGACUGCUGCUCUCUUCAACACCCCCGAAAACUUCACUUGCCUUAGUCCAGGGCUCGGCCAUCACCGCGAGAUGGCUUUUCUGUGGGAAAUGUUCCCGGUUUUCCCAUGCGCGGAGCUCACUGGACACUGACAAGCCGUCCAGACUUGGGUUUGUUAUGUUGCAUUCCUUGGCCCUUUUGGUCAAAAGGACUUUUCUGUUUCCUUUCUGUUUUCUGUUUUCUUUUCUUCUUAAUUAAUUCCCACGUCUGGCAACAAAUAUUUGGGGAGAAAGGGGACAUCUAGCAGCCUUGCUGGGAGAGGGAGAGAGGGAGGAUCCUGGCCACUGCUUUUCUCAGCAGUAUAUCAGAUUUUUAGGGCUGCUGAGAGCCCUGAUCUGCAGCAUGAGUUGGGACCUAAAAAAAAAAAAAAAAAAAAAAAAGAAAAAAAAAAAAAAAAAAACGGAGAUAGACCACCUAGCGCAAAGCUGGGUGGAAAAGGGGGAUUUUACUUAUUUUGGUUCUUUAGCUAUUUCAAAGUUUCAAAAGGAGAACCAAAGCCUAUUUUGAGUAUUUUAACUUCAGUUGCUUGAAAAGGUGAAGGAGAAGUUUUGGAAGAAUCAGUAAUGUUUCGAUACUGAGCUUUUAUUAAACCCUUGCUUUGAAAAAAUGAACCAGUGGGAAUUUUGAAAUGAAAAAGUCAUUUCAAACCAAAGAGUCAGAAUUCGCUGCCGCUGACCAGUCUGAAAUGUCUGGGGUUCUUCCCUUAAUUCCCUCAAGUUCCUAUGCGAUAGUGAUGAGAAAAAUUUGCAAAACGCUCACAUGUCCCCAGGUCUGCAGUGCUGGUGGGAAAAAAAAAAUCGGGUGCGCAAACAUCCCUGCUGCUUGUCUCGAGGGAUCUUUGUGGGAAAGGAGUUCACUAAAGGCCUCUUGAUGGUGAUACCAUCUACUUGCAAGCAAGUAGAAAUGCCACUGUAGUUGGUUCAAAAGAGAAGGUGGUGAUGUGUGACGGGGUGCUCCAAGCUGAAGGUCACCCACGGUGGCCAGCAGGUUUGGGGUGACUCCCCAGCAUCCCUCCAGUCUCCAUCUUGGCCACCCCAUCUGGUAAUUCUUUCGGGGCAGAAGAAAAAAAAAAAGAAAAAGGAAAAAAAAAAAAAAAAAAAAGCAUCCGGAAGCACCCUGUCCAAUUCCUUCAGCCCCAGAUCCAUGAGCUACUCUGAAGGAUCAAGGCCUUUGGUGGACAUCUGCCUCCCCUGGCUCCUCCUGGAUGAGUCCUGGGAGGCAGACACGGUGGGACCCCGGUUCCACCACCGGCUGUGGUGGGUUGCAGCGGUUGUUUUACACGAAACCAACACUCGGGAAUGUGAAUGUUACGAAUUAGGGCUCUCUAUUUUCUCUUUUCACUACGACCUCUCAACGUCAGCAAAAUCGAAGGGAAUGCGAGGACCGCGGGUUCAUGAGGUUUUUGGUUUUUUUCCAUCAGUGACGCGGUGGCUGGAUGAGAAUCUGCCCACCAGAGGCAAGGAGGGGGACACAGGGAGUCGACAGGGGUUCCACAGCCCCCAGGAGGGCGUGAGGGCCUUCUGCUCUGAGACCACCCUUUAGCAGAAUGGUCCCAAGGAACUGCCCAACACUCGGCUCGCUCCUCCGAAAAGAAACCCAUAAAGACUCCACGUGCAACAAAAGUCAAUGGAGAGGGGGAAAAAAAAGAAAAAAAGAAAAAGAAAGUAAGAAGAAGAAGAAAUCUUCUUAGAACUGCAUCAAACUUUUUCUUUUUAAUCCACAACAACUUCUUAAACAAGUGACGUUUUGCAGAUGGUUGGUUCCUUCAGGUGUUUUUUUUUUUUUUUUUGUCUACGAUCUGGAGUCAUUGUAAAAUAUAUCCAAAGAUGCUGAGUACUGUAUGAUCUGCAAGGACUUGAAGCAAGGUGUUUUUUCUGUCUCGGUUUGUUUGUUAGGUCACUUGGGUUCUUUUUUUUUUUUUUUUUCCUAUAUGUCUAAGUGGGGAUAAACCUUUGCAAUUUUUCUAUUUAUAACUAUUUUUAUGUGAUUGCUUUAUGUACAAAACAAUGGAAAAAAAAAAUCAAAACAAAAAAGUAGAGAGUACACAAACAAAUUUGCCUUAGUUACUCACGGGACAAUCACCCUUAACUUUGAUUGAUGCUAAAAAGCGGAUGGAAAAAAAAAAAAAAGAGACUAGAUCAUUUUAUGUAUUUAUUAAACUGUAUUAAUUGAUGCUUUUAAAUUAUUAGCAGGACUUGAUUCUCUUGCCUGUGGCCAUGGUGAGAAGGCAAAGCCUCCACAGUCGCUGAGCUGCCAGCACAGCCAUCCGUGUGGCCUCGGCUCUGCGGAUGUUUGCCUGACACCUUUUGGAAAGCCCAGAAUAAUCACUUAUUAAUUAAACGUUGAGCUGGUAAGGGCUCCAGCCCGAGGGGCUGUUGGUGUUGCGAUGCUGAUGACAGUCAUGGAGUUAAGGUUGAUUUUCCCGCGUUGGCGCUGGGUUGGGUAGGGCUGGAGGGAGCUGAGCGCUGGCAGUGAUCACGUUUUGGGGGUGUAGAGGGGUGGUUAGAGAAAACCUUGUUUCUUCCCGUUUUGAUGUUGUGCGGUGAGUCCAGGCCACAGGUAUCCACAGGGGAGCCCAGCUGAGUGUGAAGGUGCCUUCCUGGGGAUCUGCUCCCGUUUCCCAACCAGGACGGGUGUAACGAGCACCAAACCUCGGGCUGGAGGGACGCGAGUUCUGUCCCAGCGCACGGUCUGGUGGCUUCUUGUUCAUCUCACCCUGGCUCCUACAGCCUGGCUGCAGCAGGGGCAGCGUGGGCAGCAGGGCAGGGGGGAUCCUGCCCCUGUGCCCCUGUGCUCAGCUGAGAGCCCACCUGCAGAGCUGCUCCAGCCCUGCCUCCAGCAGCACAAGGACGUGGAGCUGCUGCAGCCAGCGCAGAGGAGGCCACGGAGAUGCUGCCAGGGCUGGAGCCCCUCUGCUCUGGAGCCAGCCUGGCACAGCUGGGGCUGCUCAGCUGCACAAGAGAAGGCUCCAGGGAGAGCUCCGAGCCCCUGCCAGGGCCUAAAAGCAGUUUGCAAGAAAGGUGGGGCAAACAUUUGAGCAGGGCCUAUUGUGAUAGAACAAGAGGUAUUUUAAACUAGAAGAGAGGAGAUUCAGUCUAGAUAGAAGGAAGAAAUUUUUUACAAUGAGGACACCAAAACAACGGAAACAAGUUGCCCAAAGAGGUGGUGGCUGCCCCGUGAUCCCUGGCAGUGUCCAAAGCCAGGCUGGACAGGGCUUGGAGCAACCUGGGAUAGUGGAAGGUGUCCCUGCCCAUGGCAGGGUGUGGAACUGGAUGACCCUUAAAGGUCCCUUCAAACUCAGCUCUUCUGAUGAUUCUGUGAUUAUAUGAACACAGCUUACACAAACAUGAGCCCUGUAAUUGAUGUGGCUGCUCAGAAACUGCGGAAUUCCUUUGUUCUUUCUGAAUGAGGUGCAAAAGCCUGGAAGAUAAUCUCCGGGUAGGAGCAGGCGGAUCUUGUCCCACACUGCUCAGCCAUUUGGAAAGGAAGUAAACAGGUACCCUGUGGCUGUUGAGACACCUGUGUGUUGUCCUGCAACCUGCCACGUGCUUUCCAGCCUUCCUCUGAAGCCGUCCUGGCUCUGGAGAGAGGCAGGUGCAGAUGGAGGGUGAUUCACCCCACCUACGCUGGACCUCCCAGGGCUGGGAUGAAUCACCUUUGGGCACCUCUCUGCUACCUACCAGCCUGCUGUGCUUUCCCAUGGCUCACUGAGAUAAGCUCAGACCCGGGGAGGGAUGUUCCCACCACCACCGCCCCCUCCUCUCUGCUCAGCUCAUGGGACAGUCCCUGGACCCAGCUGGUACAGCCCAGCUGGUACAGCCCAGGGACCCAGGUCAGGCAGGUUCAUUUCUUCCCAGUCUGCUUUAACUGGGAAUGCAGUGGGAAAUAAAGGUCCAUGUCAAGCCUCCCAAGCCUGGGCACCAAGGAUUCAGGCUCAUGGGUUUUACAGCCUGCUGCAAUCCCAGUAAAACAUCCCAAGUUCUUACAGCCACAGGUCGUUUUCCUUCCUUUACACUUUGGAGAAGGGCUGCAGAGCAUCAGAUGUGUCCAGGCAGGGGUCCAGAUCUGCAGGCAGAGUCCAGAAAUGUGACUUGGGAGCAAAGAAAUACCAAUCCCCCUCCCAGGGGAGGUGGUCAGUUGUUGAGCAGCUACUCUGUGCUUGGACCAGCAGGACCAUGGCAGGGUCAGCCCAUAAACUCUCUGUUUCUGAGCACAAAAAAAAAAGAAAAAAAAAGAAAAAAAAAUCCACAAAAUGAAAAUUGUGUGCAUUAGUUUUUAGCUAUUUAAAUACACUUAGAGCUUCUUUUUUUUUUCACGUGUUGUAGCUUUUAACCCUAUUUUUUGCUCACAUCGUGGUUUCCUUGUAAUGCCAGAAUGACAACAACAACAGCAGCAACAAAAGAAGAGAUAGAUUUGCAAGGGGAGGGUGGGGGAAAAAAAAAAUUAAAAAAAAAAAAUCUAAAAAUCGCUCGGAGGAGCUGUGCAUUAAUCAGACACAUGGGAAUCACGUGAAGAAACCAGCUUCAGUAAAUGCUUGUUAGCAACAACAUAUGGCUACAUGCUUGCUCCUGAGCAGCUGCUGUUAUCUGCUGGAGCAUCCAGGCUGCAGAAGGGGAACAGCACCGGGGUGGUGCUUGGACCAGGUGUUGCUGCCAAAGGAGCAUCUCCUGGCACGAGUGGCAGGGAGCUGGGUGGGCAAACCCCCUCCCUGGGCUCGAAACCCUUUGCUGAGCAUUGCAAGAGCCUCUUCCUGUGGUUGUGCAGAAGGAAAUUACAAACAGAAAAAAAAAAAAAAAAAAGAAAGAAAAUUUUUCUUGUGUUUUAAGAAGGGGAGAAGGAGCCCGCAGUUCAGGGAGCGAGAGGCUUUUCCAUAUGGCAGUCACCUGCAAGAAAAAGAAAAAGAAAAAGAAAAAAAAAAAGAGUAAUUUUGCAAAGUAUAGCUUAAAAUGUUUUAGACUUGAAUGUGUCAGCAGGAGUCCUGGCAGCACCAGUGAGGCUGCAGAUGCUGCCCAGUCUCUGCUCUGCCUGCAGCUCCCUGGGACCUGCAGUGCUCCCCGUCCUUUCCCAUCCAUUGUGGAGGGGAUUAGUGCUUUAUUUACAGUCUUGGUGCCCUGAAGCUGGAAUAUUGUGUGGUUGCAGAGGAAACUUUUGAGGUAAGAGAGUAUACCUGAAGCAAGACCCCAUCUGUCUCGGUUUUAAGAAAAUGCUGUGCUCGGCAGCGGGUCACCCGUGGCUGGGUUUUUAAGAGCUGCCAUUGCCUUUUGGUACCUCGGACUGCGUGCACCCCUGUUUCUUUCCAAGCCAAAACCGAAAAGGGAAGAACUGAGAAAAAUCCCUUCUUGUGGAAGAUACACCCCGCAUAGUCUGAGCCCGAGCGAACUCAUCCCCAUCCCACCUCCCAGCCCCACCUCUGGGAUCUCCAGCAGAGGGACAGAAAAUACCUGUGGCUUGGAAAUACCUUUUCUUCCCCCCCCCCGUGUUUUCCUAUGUUGAACCAAUGUUUUACAUGACUUGCACUAUUUACUGUAGGGCAGGAUACUGUUUAGGUUUCUUUGUUCCCGUCUCUUGUUUGGUUGCGGCUCCUCUUGGCGGUCCUGUACACUUAACCUGCUGCACAUCUUACACCCCUGGAGAAAAUAAA